CCGGAACAACAAGAUGGCGGAGAAUGAGGAGUUUCGGGAUUCAGUCCUGUAAUGCAGACUUCAGCCUGUUGACUGGUGAAACAGCCGCGUGGUACUACACCAAAACCAGCAUGAAUCUCCAGCAGCCAGCCACUCUCAUCCCCCCCGUCCACCCUGAUGUGCAGAUGAAGCCACUGCCUUUCUAUGAUGUGCUGGACAUCCUAAUCAAGCCCUCAAGUCUGGGAGCAAGUACUGCACAGAGGUUCCAUCAAGAAAAAUAUUUUAUCUUUGCCUUGACACCACAGCAAGUUCGAGAAGUAUGCAUAUCCAGGGACUUUCUACCAGGUGGCAGAAGAGACUAUAUGGUUCAAAUUCAGCUGAGGUUUUGCUUGUCAGAGACAAGUUGCCCUCAAGAAGAUAAUUACCCAAACAGUCUUUGUAUAAAGGUCAAUGGGAAACUUUUUCCUUUGCCAGGUUAUGCACCACCGCCAAAAAACGGUGUGGAGCAGAAGAGACCAGGAAGACCUCUGAACAUUACCUCCCUUGUCCGUCUCUCCUCUGCUGUACCCAAUCAGAUUUCAGUGACAUGGGCACCUGAAAUUGGAAAAACCUAUUCUAUGUCUGUGUACUUGGUGAGGCAGCUGACAUCACCACUGCUCCUGCAGAGGCUGAGGAUGAAGGGCAUCAGAAACCCAGACCACUCCAGAGCACUAAUUAAAGAGAAACUGACAGCAGAUCCGGACAGUGAGAUUGCUACAACAAGUCUUCGAGUCUCACUUAUGUGCCCGCUGGGUAAGAUGCGACUGACAGUGCCGUGCCGGGCAAUGACCUGUUCUCACCUGCAGUGUUUCGAUGCUGCCCUCUAUCUACAGAUGAAUGAGAAGAAACCCACCUGGAUCUGUCCUGUGUGUGAUAAGAAGGCUGCAUACGAGAGUCUCAUUAUUGAUGGUUUAUUCUUGGAGAUCUUGAACGACUGUUCAGAUGUGGAUGAAAUCAAGUUCCAGGAGGAUGGAACAUGGUGUCCCAUGAGACCAAAGAAAGAAGCCGUCAAGGUCCCCUCGCAGUCAAUUCCAAAAAUUGAGACCUCAGCUCCUUUGCGCCAGUCUUCAGUGGUCCCCCAUUCUACUGAGCCCAGCUCCAACAAGAAGGCUGAUGUGAUUGAUCUGACUCUAGAAAGCUCCUCUGAUGAUGAUGAAGAGGCCACAGACCCGCCACUGAAGAAACGCUGUGUUUACAUUUCCAAGAAUGAGGACAUGCAUGCAAAGGGAGUGUUGACCUACCAGCCUACUGUGCGCGUGCCAAAUGUCCAGGCCCUGGACCCGUCAUAUCUGACCUCUACACUUGCUGACUAUGCAGUCCCCUUCCACCCAUCCACCCUGGCCACCAUCCCCACAGACAUGCAGAGUCUGGAUUUGUUUUCCUUAAUUCAAGCAGAUCCUCAGCAUUACCGGCCACAGAUGUUCCUGGACAACCUGACAACCAUGCAAAGUGCAGCUGCAGCCAGCACCAGCUCAGCCUUGGUAUCCUCCUCAAGCAGCCAUUAUGACACCAGCACCCACGCUGCCAGCUCCAUCCAUGAGACCCGGGUCAUCACAGGAGGAGGGGGGGUUGCUGGAGGAGGGACUGACAGUGCCAUAUCAGAUAUCAUUUCACUAGACUGAGCCACAUCUCACUGGACCUUUUCAGGCCUGUUUUCUGUGGCCUUUUUAGUCCACAUUACAUGUACAUGGCAUGUUGAGUUUUACACAGAAGCACCCAAAAUGGUACACACGAGCACUUUGGCCUGAAUAUUUCCACAAUGUUAAAAGCUGUGUUCAGGCAUGCUUCGUUUUCCCUUGCAUUUUUCAAUUGCAAAUGGGUUUGUCAUCUCAUCUGCUGUGAUUGGAAAUUGUUUGAUGGCCAAGGACAGCGUUGUGUGUCUGUGCCAUUUCUCUAGAAGUUCCCUUGACUUUGGCAUUUGGGAAAUAUUCUCCUUUGAUUUAGCCUUGGUUUAGCCCAAUAUUCCCUGGUGUUUUGGUCCUGGUUUAGUCCAAUAUUCCUUGGUGUUUUGGUCCUGGUUUAGUCCAAUAUUCCCUGGUGGCCCUAUUUUGUUCUGCCACCUUCUAAAGAAAAUAUCUGUUUUUCUCUGGCUUGCUAGAUGUUUCACUCUUUUCACCAAACAGCAAGCCUGUUCUGGCUUGGUUGACCUGAAUUAUGUGCCUAAUUAGCAUUGGACAAAGUCAGGAUGAAUGGUAGAAGAGCUGGGAAUCACUGCUAUCAGCCAGACAUUUCAUACAACAUCCAUGCAAGUGAAUGAAUGGUUGAAGGUAGGAAGCCCCUAGGUGUAAAAGUCUUGUGGACUGAUGACUGUAGUGGUGUCUGACCUCCUCACACACCAUGGACAUGGCUGUUUUUACUGUAUCUGUACUGGCUUUUUAAAGCCCUGUUUUGCCUUUUGAUUCACAGUAAUGGAAACAUGGAAGGCAGCUCAGUAAUAUAAAGGGUUUCAUUAGUUCUAACAGCUAUCAAUAAUUUCAUGAGGUUUGUUACAGGGCAGCUUUCAUGUCAUACCAACAUAAAAUGUUCUUUUAUAAUUUAGAGCAAUAAUAAUUUAACUUGUGUUAGGUUUAAUAAAGUUGUAAAUGUCGUUCAGAUAGUAAAAGAUUCCAGCUGGUCUGUACAACUCUGCUACUCUGCCUCCUAUAUGGAACCUCUUUCGUUGUGUAUCGUGAAUUUGUUGUUUGAUAUAAUUUACAUGAUUUGGUUUUGUUUGAGAAAAACACAGUCCAAAAUGUUGGCUGAAAUGCUCAUUUUCUUGCUUUCAGCAACUGAGAUGUUCAGAUGGGUAUCAGUCUCAUGUACCUGUGUUAAGCACAGAUCUGGAGUCAGGACCUAGUUAAACUAGCUUUGCAUAAAGCCUGGAAUCAAGGGGAAAAAGCAAGCCUGGCUCUGUCCAAAGCUUCAUAAAUCUAUUGACACCUAUAACAUUUUGUACCCUCAUUUGUUUGCUCCUAACACGAACAGAUGUGUAAGAAACACAGUUUGUGGUUGUGGAAGGAAAUGCGUGCUGGCAUUUAAACAUUUAAAUAUCCAUUGUGUAAUUCUUCUAAACUCUGACCUCUCUGCUAUUUUUGAUUUUUUUUUGUGUGUUGAUGAUGCUCUGUGUUGGUAUAGGAUAGAUGGACAUGACAUCCAGUGUCAUGUCUCAGUGUUAACACCUACACAAAUGGCCACUUUCUUACAGUUGACAGCACGCAGUAACAUAAAGAACAGGGCAGCUGGUAUAUCAAACCCACAUUAUCUGGAUUGCUUGCCAUGUAUGUGGACUCCCAGCCACCAGGAGCUCAAUCUCAGGGACCUACACUCUACUUUUAUGGGCUUAAUGUAGUGAGCAAAUUAAACUAGUGACACAUACACUCUCAGCAUAUGUAACUGAAAUACAGAUGGUGAUGUAAAAGUUAGGCUAGUGUAUAACAUUUGUAGAUAAAAAAAAAAAAUCAAACAUGUUAUUAACAGUUU